CUGAAGGUGGAAAAAAGAGUCAGCAGACAUCCUGACAGGUGCACCUGCUAAAUGAAGACAAUUUAUGUUGGACAUAUUUCUGACUGAAGAUCAACGGCGCUGAACUGAACCAUCGGCUGCAAAAUGACAGCUGCCACGAAGCUUCUGGAUGAGAUGUGCCAUCUGACGGCUCAGUCUCUGACACCAAUGGACACAUCGGAGCACUUCAAGGUCCUAAAGCUCCUGGGUGAAGGCUCGUAUGGCAAAGUCAUGCUAGCUGUACACAGGCAGAGAGGUACUCCGAUGGCUCUGAAGUUCUUCCCUCGUGAGUCCACGUCUCUUUUCUCUUUCCUGAGGGAGUAUAACCUCUCUCUGUCAUUCUGCACCCACCCCUCCCUGACCAGAGCCCUGGGAAUCGCAUACUCCACACCUUCACACUACGUCUUCGCUCAGCAAGCAAGCCUUUUUGGCGAUCUCUAUGAUGUCAUCUUGCCUGAGGUCGGUGUGGAGGAGGACUGUUGUCAGCGGGUGGUGUCCCAGCUGUGUGGUGCUCUGUCCCACCUGCACUCUCUGGGCUUUGUCCACAGAGACCUCAAACCAGAGAACGUCUUCCUGUGCGACUCGGCCUGCCGCUGGGUAAAACUAGGAGACUUUGGCAUGGUGAAGGCCAAGGGCACCAGGGUCCCGGAGGUGUGGUACAGCUCUCCUUACUGCACCCCUGAGGCCGCGGUCGCUCGGGGCAAUGCAGACAGCUGGAGGAGCAUAAGUGACGGGAUAGAUGGCGUUAUGGAGGAUGAAGAGAAGAAAAAAGAUGCAAGAGUUUGGGUGUCUGUGGAGCCCAGCACGGACAGCUGGGCGCUGGGGAUCUUGACCUACGCCAUGCUCACCGGCAGUCAUCCCUGGGCUGAAACAGCCAGCGACUGCCGCUCAUACCUGAAGUAUCAGGAAUGGUUUGACAGAGCAGAAGGCCCCGUUGAUGAACUGGAUGUGUGGGCUGAGGCACAAGGCGAGGGUGCACAGGAUGUCAUCGAUUUAAUUGGGGCAGAACUUGGAAAGAAGGACCGCCCUCCGGUAGCGCCUCAGUUUGCAUGUUUCACCCCGCUGGCCUGCUGCUUCUUCCAGUCGCUUCUCGACCCCAGGCCCCGUCUUCGUGGACGACCCGAGGUUGCGCUGAAUUACCUCGGAGAGCACUGGGUGAUGGAGAAGGAGAGGGUGAGGCUGGAGGAGGAGAGGAAGAAGAGUCGAGGGAAAGGAGCAAUCAGGAACAUAAAAGAGAUGGAGGGGAGAGGAGAGAGAUAA